CAGAAGUAUGUUAUAAUAUAAUUUACUUUACUUAGUUGCAUAGGAUGUAUGUUCAUUUCAUUGCUUCUACCAUCCCUAUUUACUAAUAUGUCUAUUUAAAUUAUUAUAAAAAGAUUGUAUACUAAGUUGUAAUUUUGAGUCUUUUAAAGGCUUUUAUGUUUUUUUCAUCUUUUGAAUGAAUCAGAGACCAAAAAUGAGUGGAAUUCUCUCUUAAACAAGUCAAAAAUCUGUCAUAACCUUUAUACUACUUAAAUGAAGAUAGAUUAAAAAAAGAACCCAUAAAAUUCCAACUGAUAAUUACCCUAUUCAGAGACAUUGGUGAAUAUGUCCCUCAAUUCAAGUCAACCUUCCUCAUCAAAGUUGGUGGAACUUCAUGUUUUUUAUGUCCCUGAAGGAUCGUGGAACUAUAAGUUAAAUACCAUUUCAAUAGACAUUGUUAACAAAUUCAUUUCAGCUGGAUUUAUAAGAGUAUCUCCUCACCUUACUUUGCAAGCCCUGAGGGAGCAUCUUGGUGAGUUCCUUGGUGAAGAUGCUGUUGCAGAAAAAUUUUUAUAUCUGAAAUGCAUUGGAAAUAAUUUAGCUGUGGUGAAGGCAAAGCAAGAAUCGGAACUGAAACUCAAAUCCUUUGCUCCUCCAUAUGCUCCUCAACCAGAAUUAUAUUUGCUUCCUAUAAUGGAUCAUUUAGGAAAUUUUUAUUCAGCGUCAACAUUUUCUUUAGAUGAGCGGCAAACUAAAAAUGGUGUUGCUGAGGCUGAUGGAAUAAUCCACAGACCAGUUAGUGUCACUUUGUCAAAGGAAGAACCUGGAACAGAUCCCAGUUUUUUAGAAAACACUUUGAAAGAGCUUCUUAACAAGAAUCAGGAAGCUGGGAGAAAAGAUACUCCAAAAGGAAACCAAGCUGGAAAAUAUCAAUUCAGAAAUUCUAAAUUGCUAGGAACAUUGGAAGGUUCAAAUAAUGAUUAUUUAAGCAACAAAAAAAGUCAGUUUCUUUGGAAUAAUGAAGAUGAUAGAAUUAAUAUCAGUAGAAGAGAUUGUGGUCAGAUAGGUAAAAAAAAGUGUAUCACCCUACCAGAUCAUAUUGAUUUUCUUCCACUUCCUUGUCAGCCUGUUUUUUCUCCAGGAAUAACUGAAAUUUCUUUAUUACAGAUGGAGAGAGAGAAGAUUAUAGAACAAAUGAAACAAGUAAAGGAAGAAAGAAGACAUUUGGAAAGAAUUAGAGAAGAGCUAAUAAGAAAAGUGGAAAAGCUGUAUGAAGAAAGCAAAUUGAAGCGAUGUCAUGCCUGUGAUGAUUGGAAGAAAAAGCAUUUUGAAACAAAGAAAGUCACAGCAUCACUGGAGGAGGUUUUAACAAAACUUCGAGAAGAUUUGGAACUUUAUUAUAAAAAAUUGCUCAUGCAGCUUGAAGCCAGGGAGAUCAAAAUGAGACCAAAGAAUCUGGCAAAUAUAACAGACUCUAAGAAUUACCUUAUAAUUCAGAUCACUGAAGUACAGCAUGCAAUUGACCAACUUAAGAGAAAAUUGGAUACUGACAAAAUGAAUCUCAUCAUAGAAGUUAAGAUGAGAAAACAAGCAAUAUCCAAUGUACGCACAUUGAAAGCUGAACUGGCACAGAAAAAAUUAAUACAUCUUUACAGCCUCAAGUAG